AUUUAUUAACCGUUCAUCACCAAAUAGAUGGCUAAUAUUUACAUCAUUUUAAAACGAAAUAUGACGCCUCGGACCCGAACCACGAUCGAGGCUGCAGUAGCCAGCAGGAAGCACCGGUUCUUUGCUUGGCAAGGUCCCCGAUCGGCGAUCGCCGUUUGCACUUCCCGCAAACAAAACCCGUCUUCCUUGUACUCGCCUGCAUCACCGGCGGCCGCCGGCGGUGGCGCACGGCGCAUCUCCUCCUCCCUUUCCCUUCUUAUCCGCACCCACCACCUCUCCGCCUCCACCACCACCGCCACGACGACCCAACUACUUCUUAUCCUCCUCCUCAAUCGCGUCCAAUAUUCCGUCCGCCUCGCCAUCUCAUUCCCGACAGAGAGACACUGGCGGUCUCCUCCUGGUUGAAGCCGAGGCGCCCGUACGGCGUCCUUCUCCCUCUCGGAGCUGUCUCGGCUCCGCGGCACUAUUCGAGCAGCACGAUCGGCGAGGAGACCGACAAGAUCGAAUACAUGAACGACGUCGCGGAAGUUCUUACGGAGAAGGCCGUGGAGGCCGUCGUCCAGACGCCCGGCGUAGACGAAGUUGCGGUCGCCGCCGCCGACUCGUUCUUACCCGUUGCGGCCUUGCAGUACCUCGUCGACGCAGUUCACUAUUAUACUGGGUUGAAUUGGUGGACUGCUAUCGCUCUAACAACUCUUCUGAUUCGUGGAAUAACUGUUCCUCUCUUAAUAAAUCAGCUCAAAGCUACUUCAAAACUCACAGGCAUAUAUGCAGCUGAUGCGACCACAGUUAAAGGAAAUCAGUAAUCAGAUGCGUGGGGUUUGUCUUAUGCUCCCAGUUUCAAAUCUCCGCCUCAUGCCUUAAAUGGACAAGAUCUCUUCAAAGGAACUGGUGUUCGAUAAUCUCUGAAUUUUGAACUUUAUAACUAAAUUUCUCAGCAUGGUUGCAGGCAACAGACAUGGAGACACUGCAGGAGAGUAGACAGAGAGUGAAGAAACUAUAUAAAGAGUACGCAAUUUUUGCACUUUAUCUCCUGUUUUUGCUUUAAUAGCUGACCAUG